UGCGCUGUAUGCAUGUGCAGUCUGUGCGUAAAGCGCCGGAGAGCAGAGUCGCUGGCCGUCGCUCGCUUCACACAGCAGCAGCAGAGGCAGUCGAGACAGCAGAGGAAACGUCAAUAUCCUAGCCUCUUCGGUUCGUCCGCGCUGUGUGCUGCCGUGCAUCCAACGAACGCGCUGGGUAGUUCACCAAGUUUCGUCGUCUUUCGUUCUUGCCCUUGUGCGUUCGAGGGAAAACCGUAUACGAAGACAACACAAUGGGCACUCUCUGAGUCGAGAUUCCCACGGCUGUGCAAAAACAAACGCGGAUUACACUUUUAACUUACACUCUUCAUACCUAGGAAAGCAGCCAGCGAAAUUCCGCAGCAACGGCGUGCGAACGGACGACGCAUUCGCAUUGUAAUCCACUAGUGCCAAACCGGGUAUGAAUCACUGAUAAGUGCGAAUAAUCGUCAAGUGAAGAUUCCUGUGUCUGCUUCCAACGAUGGCAGAUCUCAUACGGACAAACAGCUGCCAGAGCGGUGGUAUUCUCAAAGAUAAACUAGGCUCGCCUAGCACCGGCAGUGAAGAUGGAAACGAGCCGGAAAACAACACGCUGGCGAAACCGGACGUGGACGAACCGGACCUAGGAGAUGCGGCGCCACACGCGCCGUCGGAAACGCAGUGGUAUCAUGGUCGUCUGGACCGUUAUCAAGCCGAAGAACGACUCUGGGAGGCGUCAAAACUGGGCAGUUAUCUUGUACGGGAAAGCGACAGGAAGCCCGGUUCUUAUGUGCUUUCCUACCUUGGACGCACCGGUAUAAACCACUUUCGGAUUACUGCUGUUUGCGGUGAUUUUUACAUCGGUGGCAGACAGUUUGAUUCGUUGAAUGAUUUAGUCGGUUAUUACACUAGUUGUAGUGAUCUUCUCAAGAGAGAACGUUUGGUGCAUCCUGUACCACCACCUGAACCAGUCAAUGACAAAAAGCGUGUAGUGGCUAUUUUACCGUACACCAAAAUGCCAGACACUGAUGAGUUGACUUUCAAGAAAGGUGACAUCUUUUUUGUGCACAAUGACAUGGGUGAUGGUUGGCUGUGGGUGACUGCUCAUCGGACUGGUGAGCAAGGGAUGAUUUUCAGGGAAUUGGUGGAAGAUUUGGAUGAUAGUAUUGAUCCGAAUACGGUUUUUCCUUGGUUUCAUCCAAAUUGUACUAAAAAUGAGGCUGUUGAUCUUCUUGUCAAAGCUGGGCCAGGUAGUUUUCUAGUGCGUCCCAGCGAUAAUUCACCUGGUGAUUACUCUUUGUUCUUCCACAUCAACAAUCAGAUUCAACGUUUUCGGAUAGAGAAGAAAGGCGUGCGUUAUUUGAUGGGCGGGCGGAUAUUUGAGUGUCUAGACGCUGUAAUCAACCGAUAUCGCAAGGAACAGAUUGUUGAAGGUUAUACGCUCAUGAAUCCUCUUGUUGUGGAUGGUUCAACUGAUUGGGUGCCUGAAAACGCAAACAUAAAUUCGGAAGCAGAGAAGAUCUACGCAACUCUGCGCGAAUGUCGUGAUCAAAUUGGCCUGAAAAAGAUGCGUGGCAUUAAACACCAAGGAUAUCUUCAUCGAAAGUCAGACAAGGUUACGAAAAAGUGGAAAUUAUUGUAUUUUGUUCUCCUCGUGGACGGCACCGAUACGCAUUUGUAUCUUUACGAAAAUCCUAAACGCACAAAACCAAAAGGCCUUAUUGAUUUGUCAUGCGCAUAUUUAUAUCAGGUGCAUGAUUCAUUGUGGGAACGUCCACAUUGCCUGCAAAUCGUCGAACGCGCUUUACCCUGUCUGGCGACUGUAACACAUCUCGCAGCGCCAUCAAUCGAAGACUGUCAGGAAUGGGUCAACGCAUUGAAACCCCUAUGCGUGCCACAGUUAAGCCGCGCUACCUGCAAGGUGCCGCGCCUCCGCGAACUACGAUGCCUCACGCUGCACGUGCUGGACGCGCACCGGCUGCCAUUCAAGUUUGUGCCACAGCCGUACGUCACGCUGCAGCUGAAUAAUCAGGUGCGGAUCGCGCGCACCCGUGUCAAGUCGGGCCCGGAUCCGGUGUGGGACGAGGAGUUCAUUAUCGACGACGUGCCAUGUGAUAUAGUUUCGUUUACGCUCAUUGUGCACAACAAAGGUAAGCGCGGUAAGGACACCGAAGUCGCCGAACUGCACAUCGACCUGCUCAGUUUGGGCAACGGCGAAGAGAAGGAGGAGUGGUACUCGCUUUCCGGAUUGACUCCGAUUGGCGAGUGGGGAUCGCUAAGACUCCGGACGCGUUAUUUGCAUGAUUUAGUCAUGCCGGCGGAGGAGUAUAGUCCUUUACAGCAGUUGCUCCUGGAGCCGGGUUUGGCCUCAGUGAAAACUUUGGCGGAGGUUUGUCAUAAUGACAGAGCACCACUUGCAACGGCUUUGUUGAGGGUAUUCCGCGCGGAAGGACGCGAAACUGAGCUGCUUGUUGAGUUAAACUGCGCGGAAGUUGGAAGAGAGUCGGAAACAUCGACGUUAUUCCGCGCUGCGUCGCUGCCUACAACUUUAAUGGAUCUUUACAUGCGCGCUGAAUGCGGCGGGUUUCUACAGGCGGCCGUUUUGGAAACUGUGUUGCGUUUGUUGGAAAGUAAACAAAGUGCUGAAUUGAAUCCUACUAAAAUGGAUUCUCCGGAUGAUGCCUGCAACAAUGCUGAAUUUUUAUUGGAAAUACUUGAUCAGAUAACUUACAGUAUAUUUGUAUCUCUGGAAGCUUGUCCUAAGUCUGUACGGUAUAUCUGCGGGUGUUUGCAAAAAAGCGUAAUGGCAAAAUGGCCGAAUGAAAGAUUCGUACGCACAAGAGUCGUGUCAGGAUUUAUUUUCUUGCGGCUUUUAUGCCCGGCUCUGCUCAAUCCGCGUCAAUUUGGUUUAGUCAACGAACAGCCAAGUCCCGCCGCCACAAGAAGUUUGGUUAUGGUUGCCAAAUGUUUACAAAACUUGGCAAAUCUCGUCGAAUUUGGUGGAAAGGAACCUUACAUGGAAGUAGUAAACCCUUUUAUUCUAAAAAACAAAGAACGCAUGGUAGUCUUUCUGGAUCAAUUGUCCGGCGUCGCAGAUCCCGGGGAACCACGCAUCACAGCCAAACCGGACACGGCGAAAGAACUCGCCACACUACAUCAUAUAUGCGUCGCACACCUCGCCGAGCUGCAGGCGGUCGCCAAGGUAAAUCCGAGUAUUAAAACACUCGUCACCGUCACCGACAUGCUAGCAAAGCACAAGCAGAAGUACAUGGAGAUGAUCAGAUAGUGAUCCGCUUCGUGCGUGAGUAUUCCUCCUUUCGACUAUCCGCCAAUUUCUACUCCUACUUAUCCUGCGACAUGUGAUCUUUCUACCGUUUCUAACUUGUUCGUAGCCUUUAUAAACAAAGAACAAAAUUGCACCAGUAAAUAUGUCAAUAUUAUACUUAAAGUGAGCGUUUCUCGGCUCAAGGUGUUAAGAAUGGCCAUAUGACAAUGCACUCACAUAACAGACACACUCAAUUACCAUUUACAAUUGCCAAAUAAUCAAAACAUUCACAUUCAUAAUUUUUUGUGUCGAUUUUCACCGUAUACAUACAGACAACACACGAUAAACACAAAGAAAUGUCAAAAACGUCAUCGUCUAAGUCAGUAACAAUAAGUAGGUUUGCUUAUUAGCCAUUUGUAGAAUAUAGUGAAGUGCGUACAUUACGAAUGAGUAAGAGUAUUUGAUUUUGUUCGAGCGUUUGCAUCACGAUGCGCUCGUGAUUAUGAGGCAUACAAAUUAUACAUAAAUUAUUACGUGUGUGGUACAUAUAUAAAUUUAUAUUAUAUAUCAGAAUGUUAUGUAGAACAUUUCAAGAAGCGAUCGCGGAACGUAACGGAGAUAAAAAUCAUUAGAUCAUAAAUGAGAUGAUACAUUCAUUGCUUACUAGUCUUAAUACAAAUGAAUAUAAUGUAUUAUUAUUAUUAGUGGUAGUAUUAUGCAUUUAUUGCGUUUUGUGUCAUGGUUGACGAAACGAGUCACGAAUAUUUUUGCUCGCAUCAAAGUAAUUUGAACUUAAAGUUGUGAAAUUUCAUGUUCCAUCAGGCGAUUGUCUUGCAUUUGACUGAGCAGUUUUUGAUUAUUGAUAUUUUAUUGGAUAUACACAUUUAUUAUACACAUAGAAAUUUGUAAUAGGUAUUUACAAAUCGUGCAUUUACCCCCUUCGAAAAUUAUUGGAUUUUUCUAUUUGUAUAUGAAACUUAUUACUUUUUGUGUAAAUGAAAAUGAAAUCAAAACAA